UUGGAAUAUAUACCUUGUUUCGUUUACGGGUCAGUUUGUGACUUUUAUAGAAACACUAUGUGGUGCCAUGUACUGGCGCCGAUGGUGAUGCUCUCCGUUUGCAACGCAUUUGUUAAAUAUCCUGAUAUAACAGCAAUUGAGGUAGUCGAUGCAGCACAAUGUGAUGGUGGCUAUUUUGAAUAUGAGGAUAACAAAUGUCGAUACUAUCAGUGCCAGCCUACGGAUCAGUUCGACAGUGGAUUUGAGGCAUAUCCAAGAUGGUGUAUGAAACCCUUAAAUUUUGACCCGGAAACCUGUUCGUGUCAAUGGCCUAAUAGCGUCGAAGAUGGUGACUAUUUAUGUCACGAAGAAGAAGUUGAAGAAGAGCAUCUCAGACCAGACGAAGCUCUCAUCGACUGUGAUGUUAGAGGCAUGUUUGACCAAUGCUGCCAACCGUGUACUUCGUACAAUCAGGAAAUGGAGAUUAACGCUCCUGAUAACUGUGCUACGGGAAAGGGCCCUCCAUAUACAAUGUGGGAGAACGAGACAGGAUAUACAUACUGUGGCGAAGAGCAUGCUUGUCCCGAAGGAGAGAAGUUUGAGAUAGGGAGAUGCCGAUGUACUUCCACAAUUUGGUUCGUUGAUUGCUACUACUUCCCAUUCUGGCCAAAUGGCACUCCGUUAGAGGAUGAAACUAACUCUGGUAUAAUGGGACCUGGGGACUGCACCGUCCGACCCAAUGACAGAAAUGGACUGGAGUGUGACGGAAUUGGAGACCCCGCAACUCUAGAUAUGAUGCAGAAACAAUGGCUGGGACGUGGAUGGGCAAUCGGAUUUGGUUUAGACAAUGCAGGAGAUGGUGUCCUUAUAUCGAAUGGUAACGAGAAUGUACCUGCGUCAAUCGAAGUCAGUAAACAGGACCAGAACGUUAUAGUUAAGUUAUCAGGAGACCAGGGUGAUGUGGAAGUGUCUGUACCAUAUCUCUCCGGAUCUCAAAGGUAUUUGAUCCACAUGAGCCAGAAGGGAAUUAUUACUUUGAUCAAUCAGGACAUGGACGAGGACACCGCCAACCCUCCUUAUACAUGGGCUCUUGAAGGGACACGGCUUCCACUUCAGUUUGGUCAAUCUGCUGGAUUUUUCACAGAUGUGCUUGUGUGUUACUUUCCACCAACAGGCCAAGGAGCGGUUGACUGGGUAUUUGGAGGACCGCCACCAUCUCCACCUACAAUAGCUGAUGUAUAGUUUGGCUGGGCAGAGAGCUUGUUGUUUUUCAUCAAUAUGGUGAAUCAUCAUCGGGAAAUCACUAAUUUCUGCAAGAAGAUGUAUUUUAUUUUUGAAAUUAUAUAAUGCUUAAAUAUCGAAGAAUAUCUUAAAAUAAACAUUUCGUUCAAUCGACUGUGCUCAGUUCUGUUCUGUACAUUUGAUAGUGAAAUCUGGCGUGAACGUUAUA